AUGACCGAAAAACGUCAACAAAAACGAAACACCGUCGAAGCUGAAAGUGAGAGUACUCCGCAAGAGACUUCACGAAAAGCUUCAAAAAAACAAAAAACUGUAGUUGCACCAGUUGUUGCACCUACGCGACAUUCGGAACGUAUUUUCAGACAAGACUCAGGUCUUGCAAGAGCCACCAAGUCCUUAAGGAUAAAUUCUGGUAGCGAUUCCCGUUCCAGCUAUGAAUUAAAGGAUCUCCCUCCUAUGGCAUCUAAAUACUCAGAAGAAGAUAUGGAGGCAUUAAAUGUGAUCUUCGUACCGGCUUCCAACGAUAAUGAAGUCAUACCUAAUAUUCAAGCAUCCCGAGACCAGGCGGGGACGAGCACCACUACAGCAUCUCAAGGAUAG